AUGUUUGGGGUUCCCCUCCCCCCGGCAUUUUUGGGGCGUUUCCUCUUCAUUUUGGGGUCUUUCCUUUUCUUGGGGCCGUUUUGUUUUUACUUUGGGGUGAUUUCCUCCCCAUUUUUGUUGUUCCCUGACCCCAUUUUUGAGACGAUUUCCCCCCAUUUUGGGGCUCUUCUCCCUCCCACUUUUUGGGACAAUUUCCCCACCGAUUUUUGGGUGUUCUCCUCCAUUUCUUUGGAUGAUUUCCCCCAUUUUUGGGGCGAUUUCCCCACUUUUGGGGUUUCCCCAGACGUGGAGGAUCUGCUCCGGUUCCUGCGGCCGCUGCACGAGGGGACCUUGGUGCUGGUGGCCUCCUACGAUGACCCGGCCACCAAGCUGACGGAGGAGAGCCGGAGGCUCUUUGGGGAGCUGGGCAGCGCCGUGGCCAAAGAUUUGGGGUUUCGGGACAGUUGGGUCUUCGUGGGGGCCAAGGGGGUGCAGGACAGGAGCCCCUUCGAGCAGCACGUCCGCAACAGCCGCGGCUCCAACAAGUACGAGGGGUGGCCGGAGGCGCUGGAGUUGGGGGGCUGCGUCCCCCGGCGCCCCCCGGGGGGACCCCAACCCCCC